AUGCCUGCAAACGGUAAAAUGUUCUACAAAAUAACCCAGAUACGGUCUACUAUAGGUAUGCCACCUAGAGUUCGUAAAAAUAUAGAAGCUUUGGGACUAAAAAAGAGGUACCAAACCGUCUACCAAAGGGUAUCACCAUCAACUGCCCACAGAUUAGCUGCUGUUAAGGAAUUAGUGAAGCUUGACUUAGUUGAUGAACCAAAAUCUGCAUAUGAUAUGGCCAUGGAAAGAAAGUUUGAACCUGGUUUUGAAAUCUUGAAAGGCAAUAUGCUAAACAAGGUAUAUGAAUAA